AUGGGGGCUUACUACGACGAGAUCGAAAUUGAAGAUAUGGUAUGGGAUGAGGUAAAGGGCGUCUAUCAUUACCCUUGUCCCUGCGGCGACCGCUUCGAGAUCUCUCGCAAGCAGCUUGCCAACUGCGAGGACAUCGCGACGUGUCCAAGCUGCAGCCUAAUAAUUAGAGUGGUCUAUGAUCCACUUGAUUUUGAAGAUGAGGCUCCGGAUGACGAGGGGUCUGCGUCGGAGGAAAGUGAAGAAGACGAGGAGGAAGAUGACGACAGCGACGCCGACCAGUUCGAGGAUGCUCUUGAGAAGCUUACUAUAACUGAGCCAUUGGCGGCGGCGGUUGCAGCAGCAUGA